UCGUUGUAUUCGCAUAUUUCCAUUGAACGAGUUCCUUUCUACCAGAGAGAGUCUUUAUUCCCGACAACGGGAUCGCGCGCCGCGUUCGCGAGUGUGUGCGUGAGUGUGUGUGCAGCGAACGCGCGGACGAGCGUAACAAUAUAUUCACUAUGGCAUUUAUCGAAUUAAUCAUCAUUGCCCUGAGCGCUCUAUAUAUUUAUUAUAAGUUUGUCAUCUUCAAUUUUUGGCGAAAAAGAAACGUUUUUUAUAUCGAACCCGUUGUGCCAACUGGAAACAUAACGACAUUAAUAACUGGAAAACAGCAAAUAGGUGUAUUUUUGCAAAAUUUCUAUAUGAAGCAUAAGGAACAUCGAGCUAUAGGAAUAUAUGCAUUUUUUAAACCAUAUUUGAUAAUUGCCGAUCCCGAUCUUAUCCAAGAAGUGUUAAUAAAAAAUUUUUCAAGUUUCCAUGAUCGUGGAAUACAUUUUAAUCCAAAACUUAAUCCAUUAUUUGAAAAUUUAUUUUGUGUAAAUGGAAAGAAAUGGCAAGAUCUGCGCCACAAGAUGUCACCUACUUUUACUCCGGCAAAAAUAAAGAGGAUGUUCCCAAUUGCCAAGGAAUGUAGUGAAAGACUGGCAAAUUAUUUAGAAAGGAAAGCACAGACAAGAGAUUCUGUUGAGAUGAAAGAUAUGUUUGGAAGAUAUACCAUAGACGUAAUAAUGUCAACUGCUUUUGGCAUAUGGUCUAACUCCAUUGAAAAUCCGAAUAAUGAGUAUCUAAUCCAAGGAAAAAAAUUUUUAAGGAUAAAAAUAUUACGAUUUAUCCUGUUUGUGUCCCUGCCAAAAAUUAUGGAUUUCUUUUCCAUAUCCCUCGCGGACCGAGAGACCACCAGCUUUUUUAUGAAUAUGUUUCGAGAAAAUGUGGAACGCAGAAAAAUUAAUAAUAUCGUAACGCAGGACUUUAUGAAUUUGCUCAUUCAACUUAUGGAGAGAGGCUACGUUGAUCCUGACGAUAACAAGAAGAGCGACGUAAAAUCAACCAUAAAUAAGCUUACCAUGGCGGAAGCUACCGCGCAGGCUUUUGCCUUUUUUUUUGCUGGCUUUGAAAGCUCCGCGGCGACAGCAACAUUCGCUCUAUACGAAUUAGCGCAACAUCAAGAUAUACAGGACAGAGUUCGCGAGGAAAUUGACGACAUGUUGGCAAAACAUGGUGAUCUCACCUACGAGGCUAUUAAUGAGAUGAAGUAUCUUAAAAAAGUAAUAAAUGAGACUCUGAGAAAAUACCCCCCACUUCCAAUGUUGAACCGCAUCUGCACUGAAACUAUAGACUUACCGAUGUUAAACACCCGUGUCCCCAAAGGGACUCCAAUAAUUAUACCGGUGCUUGGGCUGCACCGAGAUCCGACAAUAUACCCGGAUCCGGACAAUUUUGAUCCAGAACGAUUUAAUAAAAUCGAGACAGCAAGAAGGCAUCCUUGUGCUUAUUUGCCAUUUGGAGAAGGGCGUCGUAUGUGCAUUGGAAGGCGAUCUGGAGAAUUAGUCAUAAAAAUUGGACUCGCGAGUCUUCUCUCAAGAUAUAAAUUUAAACCUCAUCCCCGGACAGCGACAAUCGUUUACAAUGAGAAAUCAUUUGGUCUCGCUAUAAAAGGUGGUGUUCACCUUAUUAUCGAGCAACGAUAAAGGAAAAUAUAUAUUUGCCGUUUUUUGUAUUUUUUUCGUAUUUCUAAUGUAAGUUUUAAUAUAAUUUAUUUAACAAAACUCAUUCUUUGGAAUGAAAGUUUUCUUAGAAAUAGAGUUCCGGUUUAUUUUUUAAUAACAGUCAUAAAGUUGUAUUUGAUUUAUAUGUGUAAUUAUUAUAUACGAUAUAUAUAGGUAUGCGUAACGUAACAGUAAUCAAUUAAAAAAUGAACUUAUACUUUUAUAGUACGUAAAACGGAGUAUUCGGAAUUGCGAAAUUUAUGCAUUUAAUUGAUAAUUAUUAAAAAAAUCUA